GUGUUGGAAAGUAAAGUCAUCCACCAUCUUGUGUGUGCACAACAAAGUGAAAUUAUUAUUUGUGAAGAUUUUCAUAGACAAUUGUAGUGAAAAAAUUAUUUUAUCUUUGCCAAGAAAUAUAUUAAAUAUAAAAGAAAUAAAAUUAAAUUAAAAAAAAGACCACAACAAUGGCUACUUUGGAUUAUGAUGCUUUGCAAGCUGAGCUGAAAAGGAAGCGAAUAUGUCGCUUUUGUCUGUGUCAGGAUCUGGCAAAAUUAACAAAUAUUUUUUGUCGUGAUACACGCAUCAAAUCAUCUGCUCCCUUGCCUAUACAAAUAAUGGCUAUAGCUUCUAUCGAGUGUUUUAGUAACGACGGCAUGCCUCCUUAUGUUUGCUGCGAUUGUACAGCCAUAUUUGAGUACAGUUAUCAAUUUAAACAAAUGUGCAAAAAAGCCGACAAUCUCUUGCGCCAAUUUCCCUUAACUGGCAAAUGUCCUGAGAGUUUGGAUAAACCCAUUUUACAGGAAGCUCUAGCGCAUCAAACAAUCCCAGUAACACCUGGCAAGCAGUAUAACAAAACAACUCAAGUACGUGUACAACACAAUAAAUCGACUGCAGUAGCACAAGAAUCUCUACUAUUGCCCAAAAAAAUAUUAAACUCAUCGGUAGCCAAAGCUAAGGUAACAGCUACUGUAAGCAAACCGCCGCAAAACUCGGCAAAAUGUGAGAGCGCUCAAAAAGCUCAAGUUACAAAAGUGGAGCAGUUAGAUGAGGAUUGCAGCAUUACAUUUUUGGAUAAAAUUGAAAAUAACGAUGAGUUAUCCUUAGAUGAUAUACAUCAAUUGGUGGCGGCUGAAGGUAUACAAGAAACGGAAUUUGUCAAUAUGGAUACUUUACCCGUAGUGGUGGUAGACUCCGGUAAUAAAACUACUAAACCCAAAUUAUUAAACAAAUCCUCCGUAAGGAUUUUAAAUAAGGAGGCAGAUCGUGAAACUGAACCACGUUUAAGUAUGCCAAUGAUAAAGCAAGACGUAGAUGGUAAAAUGGAAAUUGUGGCUGAAAUUUUAAAUAUUGAUGAUAACUAUGAAGAUGAACCGGAUCCGAAAAAUGCUGCUCCCGUUGAGACUAAUGUAUUUCCUUGUCCCUGUUGUGAGCGCACAUUUCCCUUGUUACAGUUGCGUGAGAUACAUUUAAAAAUGCAUUCACGUGACCGUAAAUUCCAAUGUGAUCAUUGUGAUAAAUCAUUCUUCUCUAAAUAUGACUUGCAUCGUCACUCUUUCAUACAUAAUGGCGAAAAGCCCUUCAAAUGUUCAGCCUGCGAUAAGGCUUUUUCGCGUACCAGCCUGUUGACGCGACACGAAAAGACCCAUACCGACAUACCCAAAUUCAUAUGCGUGCACUGUGAACGUUCCUUUAUAUCGAAAGACGAUAUGGAGAGACAUGCUGAGCGUCACAAUAUACAUCGACCAUUCGCUUGUAAAGUUUGCAAUAAGGCAUUUGCCUUUAAACAAGGUCUUGAACGUCAUGAGGUCGUACAUUCACGUCAGCAGCCCUACCCUUGUCAGUACUGCGAUCAGAGUUUCUCAACCACUUCUAAACUGUCUCGUCAUUUGACUGCCCAUGCUGGUCUUAGGCCAUAUCCUUGUAAAAUUUGCAAAAAAUCAUAUUUACUAUCCCACCAUCUUACGCGGCACAUGCGCUCUCAUAAAAAUGUCGUGGAUCCCAUCCAUUCCAUUCUAUUUACGUGCAAUUCUUGUAGCACCAGUUUCGUAACGCGCGAUGAACUUAUAGCGCAUUCUGCUACCCAUGCAAAUGAGAGCAAUCUAGCCUGUCCUCUGUGCAAAGACGUUUUUGAGGAUAUGAACAGUUUAACUACUCACAUACAAGAUCACUCUGAAGGCGAAGCUUAUGCCUGUGAAUUUUGCGAUUUUAUCUUUAUGACAGCAGAUAAAUUACAAUUACAUACGGAUCAAGAUCAUGCUCAAGAAAUGGAAGCCUAUCAUGCCGACGAUCGUGCUCAGGCCGAUAAGCAAAUGGAAGAGUCUCAAAAGCAAACAGCCUUAAGUGACGAAAAGUUGCAGAAUGCUGUUAAUGAAUUUCUUGUUGAUGAUAUGUCCGACGAGGCAAACGAAUCGCUUGAAUCGGUGAAGAAUAAGAUUAAAAGUGAAAAAGAUAAACAAUCACCCAAGAUCAUAAACCAAAUUAUAAUACGAAGUGCAACAAAUGAUCAGAAUGAUGAAAAUAAGGUGGAAGAUAACAACAGUCUAUUGAUACCGUUAAAACAACGUAAACUUGAUGAAGCUGGAAAAAAAGCUGUAACACAAACAAAACCACAACCACAAAUAAAACAAUCACCACAAUUAAGACGAAAAACACCAAAUGCGAAUGCAACACCAACAAGGGAAGCAAAUCAACCAACCAUUCAAUCUCUAUUAAAAACGCCUAAAACGGCGACUAUUAACAAAAGGUCUCCAACAAAGACAGUGACACCAACCAACGUAUUGCCCAAACCAAAAGCAAUUAAAGUUGAAAAAAAUACUUCUGCUGAAACGCCAACUUCAUCUACGUCCACAAGUACAGUUGAAGAAUCUAGUAUCGAUGAUCUUGUAAAAAAGAAACUUGGCGGUAAAAAGGUUAAAGUGCAGAAAAUUACCGUAACAAAAGCUCAAGCAGCUGCUAUGGCUAAAGAAGGUCGUAUUAAAAUCAAAGAUGGUAAAAUUAUCUUAAACAAAUAAAUAACUUAUCACCAAUAAUAUAAUAUACAUUUAUUUUUUUUAUAAUGCAUACAUAUCUUAUGUAUGUUUACAGAAUUAUUUUUAAGAUAUUAAUUUAUAAUAUAAAAAUCUUAUUAUUUUUUUUAUUUUAAAACAUUUUGUUUUCAUUAUUCUUAUCAUUGAAACGUAAUAUAAAAGUUAAUAUUGGAGUAAAACGGCACAUUUGUUUCUUAGUUUGAUAAUAUGGAACGCGAGAUUCCAAUACAUCACAUUUAUUAUAUUUUGCUUUAUAUGAAUGAAUAAUAUAUUUAUAACGUAGUUUUUGCUAUUCAUAUCAAAUUCUUUACAUAAUUCUUGUUUGAAAAAUUAAACCUUGGCUUAUAUGACGAUAUGAAAGGUAAUCUUAUAAUAAAAAUAUUAAAUAAAUAAAAUUU